CUCUUCCAAAACAAACCAGCUCUCGCUUUUGAGGUUAUCAUGUCUAUGUUAUUGCAGUACCUCGCAAGGUUUUCUGUUAUUCCUUAUUAUAUUGCUGUUGGAUUUUUUUCCUCAAUGAUUGUUCAUAGACUCUAUCGAAAAUAACAGUGCGGCGCAGAAUUUAUUUAUCGAAGUGUGGACAUGAAUAAAUAGGAAUUCUGAGCGAAAGUGAUUCUACUUCCUCCAAGUCAUUGUGUUACCGUGUCCUCCGCCGCAGCAAUGUUCGGAAGAAUAAUUAGCUUCUCUGCUUCCAAUCUAAAAGCAUUGUUACCAGCAAGCAUUAGCAGAUGCACGAGACAGCUUCACAUUACUGCCCCUGUUGCGGUCAAACAAAUUAUUGAAACCCGUAAAGACAAGCAACUUAUAAUUGAAGGUGUUUACAUGAAUUCUCCCCGUGAGGAAACUCUGUUGAGACACAACGAAGAUUCUGAUGCUUGUGCAGUUUGUCGUCUAAACGUGGAGAUAAAACACACGGAUGUGCUAAUUUUGAGCCAGUUUAUUCGAAAAGAUGGAUGUAUGCUACCUCGGAGGAUCACAGGCUUAUGCAGAUUACAGCAGAGACGAAUUGGCAACAUGGUAGCGAUGGCAAACAAAGCUGGUUUAAUGACAUCUCUACUUCCGAGGGCCCGAGAGAGGGAUCCAUACAAGAGGCGAAAGGAACAUCUCAAAUUCAAGGUGUACUACGAUGAGUCCACAAUCAAGCCGCCCAGAGACCCGUUUGCUCCGCGGAAACUUGUCCCUAAAGACAAUUGGUUCUAAUCCUUGACCCGACGUGUCUCGCUACUGAUAUCAUUUUGGAGGUUGAAUGUCUAUAAUCACAGAAUUUGUCAAGUUUUUUACUAGCAAUCAAAGCAACAUCUUCUGAGAAAAAUAAAUUAAUACAACCCUCAGUUCAUGUGCUGUAUUUUUCCGGUCAUGAGCUCAUUGCACGGGAGUUUGUCUCUCCUUUUAAGAUCAUAUUCCUUAUUUCUACAUUUUUUUUUUUUUAAACACCAAAUGUUGCAUUAAAAAUAGUGAGAUCUUGGAUUAGUGAUUGCUACCUGUAACAUGUAUUGGGAAUAAAGUUUUUAUUGUUUUUAUGCA